AUGCUCGCCGGAGAGCUUCAUAACUCCUCGCUGAGCUCGGCGAAUUUCAUGUCAACAGUUUGGCAAAACAUGAAAGAUGCCAACAUCAACACUCUCCUCGGUUCCGUAACUUGGGAGAUGAUCGAGCCUGUCGAGGGCCAGUUUGACUUUUCGGAACUCGACAAAGUAAUCCUCGGUGCUAGAGAAUACAACAUGUAUCUGGUGCUUCUCUGGUUUGGAUCUUUCAAGAAUGCUCUGAGCACAUAUGUGCCUCGCUGGGUGAAGAAAGAUGUUAAGCGGUUUCCACGAGUGCAUGUUUCUGAAGCUGGUGCGGUGACCAGGACAGAAGAAUUACUUUCACCUUUCUGUGAAGCUGCUUGGACGGCUGACGCCAAAGCCUUCUCGGCGCUGAUGACACAUCUGAAGGAGUUUGACAGCAAACACAGCACAGUUUUGAUGGUCCAAGUAGAGAACGAAACAGGUCUGCUGGGAGAUUCCCGAGACCGAUCUAAUAUCGCCAAUAAACUGUUCAAGGAGCCUGUUCCAGCACACCUCAUCACUCAACUCCAGUCAAUCCGGACAGAAGAUCUUCACCCAUGCUUCUCAAAACGCCACCCUCACUUCUCAUCUCUCGUGCCAGGAAAAUCAACAUGGAAAGAAUCUUUCCCAGUUGGCCCAGACGCAGACGAAGCAUUCAUGGCAUACUACAUCUCGCGCUACGUGAACCAAGUCGCAACCGCCGGAAAAGCCGCCUACCCCAUCCCCUUCUACACCAACGUCUGGCUCAACUUCGACGACCCCACCGUCCUCGACCUCCAAGGCCUCCCACCCAUCGUCGGCGGCGGCUCCUCAGCAGGCGCCUACCCCUCCGGUGGCCCCGUCCCCCACACCUUCGACAUCUGGAAGAUCAACACCCCCGCUCUCGACUUCCUCGCACCAGAUCUGUAUUUCCACGACUACGAAGAAGUCUGCAAACAAUACACCCAUGCCGGCCAACCACUGUUCAUCCCCGAACAGCGCCGCGAUGAGCGGGGCGCUAGACGAGUCUGGCUUGCGUAUGGCACGUAUGCUGCUAUUGGAGCCAGUCCCUUCGGCAUCGAUUCUCUCCCAGCCAAGGACUCGUCCAUCACUAAACACUACGGCCUCCUCAACUCCAUGAGUUCAUUCAUCCUCGAAACACAAGCCACUCGUCCCGAAGACGUCAUGGGGUUCUUCUUCGACGAGAAAGACGACACGGCCGUGGAACCAACCUGGCAACGCACAUUCGGCUCCUUCACAGUAACCAUCGAGCGGGCCUUCGUGUUCGGCAAGCCCGGCCCAGGAGCAGGAAUGGUGAUCCAUCAAGGCGAGGGGAAGUUCUUGCUUAUUGGGUGGGGAUUCCAAGUUGUGUUUUCGAGUCCGGAUCCGAAGGCGACGUUUACGGGGAUCUUGUACUCGGAGGAGAAGGAGGUCGUGGAUGAUGGGGAGGGAGGGAAGGUUUUGAGGAGGGGCAGGGUGUUGAAUGGUGAUGAGACGAGGAGUGGGGAGUUUAUGAUUAUGCCGAAUGAGGAGCCGGAUUAUGGUGGAUUCCCGAUUGCGGUUACGAUUCCUUGUAGGACGAUGGUUGCGGAGGUGGAGGCUUAUUCGUUGUUUGAAGAGGAGGGGGACUUUUAG